GACCGCCAGAAACGCAACCCUUGCCUGCUUUGCGUGUAUCUUACCGCGAUCGCAGACUUGCUUUUUGUCGCAUCUCCUUGCCUUUGUGUCCUGUGUCCGUUUCCUUGGUUCAAAGAACUACCAUUCCACCCGCCAUUAGCCACCAUGGCCCACCGUCUCGUUUCCCAGGUCGUUGUUACGGGCGCCCGAGUCUUCGGUCGCGCCUUUGCUGAGGCCUACAAGCAGGCUUCCGCUACCGGCAAGUACAAAGCAGUCCAAGGCAAGGGUGGAAGCAGCUUCUCCUCAUCCGGUUUGACCCUCGAUGAGGCUUGCAAAAUUCUCAAUGUCAAGCCUCCCCAGGGUGGUGAGACCAACUUGGAACAUGUGAUGGAACGAUUCAAGAAGCUAUUCGAUUUGAACGACCCACAGAAAGGAGGCAGUUUCUACCUUCAGAGCAAGAUUCUUCGUGCGCGGGAAAGGAUAGAGAUGGAACUCCGCCAGGCUGAACAGAAAGCUGCCCAAGAGAAAGAAUUACGCGAAGGCUGGAAGCCCAAGGUUUACAAGGAUUAAGGAUUGACCGAUGAAUCCUUGGCGCUGGAGUCCGUCGAGAUGGAAUACUUCGCGACUGCUUUCAAGGACGCCUUCCAAAUCUCGGGUCGAUUAAAACGAACGCCCUCCACGGUCGAGGCGACCGU